GCGAUGCCGCUGUGCCCGGGAAGCUCAGUAGCAGACAGCCCUCCAGCCUCCUCGGAACCCGCAUGGCGCAGAUAAAAGCCCCGCGCGGUGGGGGGAGGCGCGUGGCAUGUCCCGGUGUCUGCGGCUCUGAGCUUCCCGCAGUUACAAACGGCUGUGGGACGGUGUGGGGAGGGCUAGCGGUGCAGUCCCAGCCCAGGGGAGGUGGUGGAACCCGGCUGGCCAGGCCGAGCCAAAGCCCCCCGCUCCUCCCCAGAGUGGGAUGCUGCAGCAGGGAAAUAGUGCGUGGAAGCCCUUCCUUGCAGGGGGGUGGGGGCCAGAUGUUGCAUGCAAGUCCCACUCCCCUACCCUGAGUUCCUUGUGGGGGUCGGGGGCCAGAUGCUGCAUGCGGGUCCCACUCCCCUACCUUUUUAUUUCUAGUUCUACUCUUGCUGCACACAGCAUUGUUACACAUUACAAUUAAAAUAAUACACUUGUGUUUAUUUACAUUAUUACUAAAAAAAUAUGGAAUGUUUAUAAACACCCCCACUCCCCUGUCUCUGAAAUGGGUUGGGCUUGUUUUAAAAGGCAGUGCCAUUUUUGGGGGGAGGGGGAGUGAGACUUGGCAACGCUCCCCUUCCCUUCUCUUCUCCCGCUCCACUCCCGUCAGGAUCCAAGCCCCGGCUGCAGCCCUAUGCAACACUGGGGGGGACGACACCUCCUUUGCCUCCCUGGCCCCUCUGCUCCCCCAGCUGCCUUGCUGUGCCCCCUCAAUCCCUUGCUUUGCUCCUCUUUCUCCCUCAUUCCUUGCCUCCCCUCACUGGGUCCCUCUGCUCCCUGGCACCAUUUGGGGGGCACUUGCCCUCCCCAUUUUCCUUCCACAUUGUAAUUUGACAAACCGUACACCUAUCUAAAAUGUGAGGUUUGUGCCAUCAUGUUUAUUUUGCCUCUUUUCCCAGCCUGUUCCUACAAAUCCUGCAAUCCACAACCACCUCCUUCACUUCAGCAGGAAGUUUCUCAGCUCACGGUGCCAGUUCUUACGUCGAAACAGUCCCGUGUCUACACUGGAGGGUGGAAGAAUUCCCCUUUUCUGACGUGGUUUUCCCUUCUCUCUGGAAAAACAACCUUUCUACGGCCAUAGAUAUCUUGCUGCACAAAGAGGAACAACCAGUACAGCCUAAGAUGGAUACCCUUCUACAAAUGGUUGACGUUUCAACUGUGGUUGGUUUUCUUUGUACCCCUCCAUUGUAGAGGAGUCUGUUUUUUGCUUUCCAUGCCGUCACUUUGCUUCUCAAACCACAAUUGGACCAGGAGAACAAUUCAACAACAGAAGAUUCAUUGAGUGUGGCUUUAAGAAACGGAAAGAUUUUCAUAGUUUGUUAAAACAACAUUCACUCAGUUCCAGGCAUCAAGCAGCUUUCAUUUCGUGGUAAAACUACUUGACAAUUAGGAUCAGCAGUUUGAAAAGUGUCGCAGAUCAAUUUGUUUCCAGUCAUCAGGCUGUCAUAGCUGAAAAUUGCCAGCAUAUUGAAACACUCUUACAGGUCUCCAUGCUCUGUGCAAAACAGGGUAUUGCUUUUUGGGGGCAUGAUGAAACACACAACUCUAGCAAUAAAGAAAAUUUCAUUGAAAUGCUUGAGCUGGUUGCUUCUGGUCAGCCCCAGCCUUUUGAAUCAACUAAGAAGCACGUAUGGACACGAUACCUCUCACCAGUACCAGAACGACUUGAUACAUUCUGCUGCAGCAGUCCUGAGAGAAAGCGCUGCUGAAGAGGUCAGACAAGCCAAGUAUUUUUCUGUCCGUGUUGAUGAAACUAAAGAUGCAUCAAGAAAAGAACAGCUGUGUCUCCUUUUACGCUGCCAUUGAAAAGGAAUCAUUCAGGAAAGAUCUGUGGGUUGCUUCCACAUGGAAAAUCUAAAUGCUGAAUUUGUUUCAAAAAGGAUUAUUGAAGAGCUACAGCAUUUGAAGCUUGAUAUUAAUUACAUCGUUGCCCAGUGCUUUGAUACAGCUUCUCUGCUGAGUGGGCAUUUAACAGAUGUACAAGCUCGCACUCAGGAAAGGAUUACACAUGCCAUUUAUGUGCACUGCCAUGCUCACAGGCUUAAUCUUGUCAUUGCAGGCACAUGUUCCAGCAUCACCCAAUGUCAGGAAGUCUUUGCGUUUGCUCAGGACCUGUACAUCUUUAGCAGUAGUUGCAGGCACCAUGAACUGUUUGUUAAGGCACAGCAAGAGCUAGGCCAGAAGGUGCUUGAGCUAGGUAGAUUAUGUGAAACUCGCUCGUGCUGGUUUGACUCCCUCCAAAAACUGCAUGCAAGAUGGAAACACUUGGGAGCCAUUUCAGUUCAGAGAGCUGAUGGCCCAUCGGCUAGCACUGGCGAGGGUUUGAUGGCAAGGCUAAAGUGCUAUUCCUUUCUGUUGAGGCUCUUGGUUUCGGGAAGAAUAUUCAAGAUUUUUAAUAAUAUUUCAGAAUUACAAAAUGAAAACCUGAAUUUAUCUAAUGCCAUGGAAUUAGUAGCAAUCAAUGUUGCUGCUCUUCAAGAAAUGAGAACAUCUGAAAGCAAAUGGAAGGAGCUAUGUGAUGAAGCUGAAAUCAUUGCCAAGGAAUUUGAAAUUGCUAUUCCGGGUCAGGCAGUCGCAACUGCUGAGCACAGCAAUACAAAAACGGCAAUAAGACCUAAAAAAAUAACCUCCAAGCUGGCCUUGUUUUUUGUUUUUAGUACACUGGGUCAGUCAUCUCCACAUGAUGUUCCCAAGAGCACGCAUGAAUCUAUAAAAUCUGAUUUUUACUAUCCUGUUUUGGACAGUAUUCUGGCAGAGCUCAAUAGACGAUGCACCUUCAACUCCAGUUUGCUUUCUGUACUAACUGCGUGUGACCCAAAGAGUGAAAAUUUUCUUGCAUAUGAGAAACUGAAAAUAAUUGCAGAUCACUAUGGAUCAACAGGCACCGAUUUUGACAGUCUGGAUGCAGAAGUCGAAGUUGCUGAGAAGCACAUUGCACCAAAAAAUGGACUUCAAUUUCUGAAUUCUGGAUGUUCUCAUGGACUUAGCAAGGGCUUUCCAGUCUUUGCUGUCUAUUGUAGAUAUUGUGUUGAGCCUUCUAGUGUCUACAGCAUCAAAUGGAGAGGUAUUUCUCUGUGCUCAGAGAGUAAAGAACUACUUAGAAUCCACAGUGGGAGACAAGCGCUUAGGUGACGUGGUAAUUUUAGCCUGUGAACGUGAAGCUUCAGAACACCCGGAUAUCAACAAGGCCAUUGACCAUUUUGCCAAGAUGAGAAGACGGCAUUAUCUAUUGUGUUAGCUCCUAUCUGGAGUGUUUUGUUUUCAAUAAUUUAUUUACCUGUAAAGAAAUUAACUGUCUCAUUCAUCUCUUCACAAAUUGGAAUAUAAGACAUUUAAAAACCAACAAUUGCAGGUGUAAGCAGAUUUUAUUUUUAUUCAUUUAUCUCUACUAAAGAGAGUGUACAAAGUAUCAAACUUGUUUCUGAUAUCUGUGUUAAGGCUCCAAAACUGAUACCUCAGAGUGUGGGAUUGGGAAUAUCUUGCUGUAUUAUGUCCCUAUUGCUCUAAAUUUACAUAUAUAUUUAAAAUAU